CUUUCGACCAGCGAUCAUGGGGAAAUCUUCGAAGGCGGGAAAGGGCCUCAAUUCGGCUCUUCAGGCCCAGCAGUCGCGUUUGCAGAAGAAACAGCAAGCGGAGAAAGCUGCACAGGUCGCUGAGCAGCGCAGUAAGACGCAGAAGAAGGGCGGUGGAGGCGCGAUCAAGAGCAAGGGGAAGGGGAAGGCGCCAGCGCGGCGUCCGACGAUCCCCUUCCGCGCGACGGAUACGAUUUUGCUCAUUGGGGAGGGCAACUUUUCUUUCGCGAGAGCACUGGUCGUAGACGCGCCGGGGGACCUCGCGCAGUUACCCUCAAGCAACAUUACCGCAACGGCGUACGACUCGGAGGAGGAAUGCUACGCCAAGUACCCAGAUGCAGAAGCGAUCGUGUCCGACUUGCGCGAGCGGGGCGUGCAUGUCUUUUUUGGUGUCGACGCAACGCGUCUGGACAAGACCUCUGGACUGAAGAAUAAGAAGUGGGACAAGAUCGUCUGGAACUUUCCCCAUGCUGGUAAAGGCAUCACAGACCAGGAUAGAAAUAUCUUGUCGAAUCAGACCUUGAUACUGGGCUUCUUGCGCUCGGCGGGGAAGCUGCUGCGCCCGGGACCAGCGCCGCAGGUGCAUACGGCUCGGAAGAAAAAGAAAACGGAGGACGAUGAAGAGGAUGAGGCACCUGCGUCCGAAGACGAGGACAUGGAUGGCGACUCCUCCGACCCAUCAGCUACACGGGGGACCGUGCUCAUCACGCUGCGAAACGUCGUACCGUACACCCUAUGGGACGUGCCACGAUUAGCGAAGACUCCGCCGCCCCCAGCUAGCUCGUCUAUGCCACCGAAUCCAUCAUAUACGUUGCUACGAUCCUUCACCUUCUAUCGGUCCACAUGGAAAGGCUACGAGCAUCGGAUGACCAAGGGUGAGCGCGCUCACGGCUCGGGGAAGACAGGCGAAGGAGGCGAGGACAGGACAUGGGAGUUUUACCUGCGAGACUGACCAUUUGCUUUCCCACUCUGUAUGCUUCGCAUGUAAAGUAUUGACGCGCCACUGCAACGGGACGUUAGAUCUCCACAAUUUGCACCGUCUAUUU